AUAGGUCGUUCGGAGCGAAAAGGCAGUUUUGAUAUUCACAGGGACGUGCUUGAUACUCUUCAACUCGGAUACAUGUUUUUUCCGAGUUUCUUUUUGCUAGUUCCAACAAAUAAUUCAAGUGGAUUGUCCAACUGGAAGCUAGGAGCCUCCGAUAACUCCAAUAACACGUGAACACGGUUAAGUAAUAACACCGUCCAAUCAGGACUAGUACUUUAUUACGUUUUUGUAAGACUAUUGGAAAAGUUAUUAAAAUAAUUCCAACACAUUCUACUGGCGAAAAAUGAGUAUGUUGCGUUAUUUAAUUAGGUAACAUUUAUAAAGUCCGAAUAGUUGUUUCUCAAACGCGCAUGGUCAUACAAGUAAUUGUACGCUGGGCAAGAACACGGUCCUCCUGUAGCCUAAAUCCUGAUCAUCCAUUAGUCUACCAAAAACAGUUACUCACGUCGUCCCGCAAGAUCAGCAGGAAGCUGUGCAGCGCAUGCAGACCCGAGAGCUCUGGAAAGACACACGAGGAGUUUGAACAAAUGAGAGGCCUUCUUCGGGCUGUGCAAAAAGUUUCAACACCGAAGGCUAUAUUUUUCUUUCCUCUUUCAUUUCCUUGGCGAUUAUCUUAAGCCGAGCAGGACAGUCUUCCUCAUAGGUGGCGGACAGAAGUAUUUGGUUGAGUCUCACUCACUCCCUGUGACAGACCAGCACUGAAAAAUAGGACACAGAUCGGGCCAAACUCAAACUCAGGUAUCAACCAACUAUUCUGCACAUUUUGUGUUAUGUGUAUAUGAAGAAAUAAUUUUAAGAAGAGCUUUCCCUCUGGCUGGAACGGUUGGGAGUAGUUAUUUGCUAAAUUUGACUGGUACUUAAUCGCUUGACUUACUGCGGAUAAAUAGCCAACAGGCAGUGGAGUUAAAACAUCAGCCCUGGACUGCUUAAGCUGUGUUCCACCACUGAAACCUGUGGUGCCUACACCUAUUGUGCUUUCACUGGACUACCUUUUUCUCAGGUAACUGACCACUUCUACCCAAACCAUCCAGUCAUGCUCUUCAAGAGGAAGGUGUGCCUGUUUGCUCUGUUUUGUGGGAUUAUUUUUGUUAUGAUCGCCAGCCACACCAUUCAGAAGAACAACAUCCUGUCUAUGACUUUGGCAGAGACCCAUGUCACCUCCAGAGGUGUGCUCAGUCCUGAAGUCAACCGAACACCGGCACCAUUGAGUAUCACUUCGUCCAGUCCCAACAGGAUAUGUGGGUGCCCAUCUUGCAAGGAGGUGUCUCAGUGGUUUAAUAAGCACUAUGAUCCAAAGCAGCAGCCCUUUCUUACAGACAAAGUCAGCAGUAUGGAUCCCCUCGCCCUGAAAUGGUGGCUGGCUUUGCAGCGCUCCGCAGGUGAACAGACGGUAUACGAUGUGAUCCAGAAGAUGUUCCAGGUCAUCACUCCCCCUUCCAUGAAUGUGAAAUCCAAAUCUACUCAGUGCUUGAAGUGUGCAGUGGUGGGGAACUCGGGAAAUCUGUUGGAUUGUCAGUGUGGCUCUUUGAUUGACACCCACAACAAUAUCAUAAGGAUGAAUAAAGCCACCACAAUGGGGUUCGAGGCAGAUGUGGGCAACAGAACAACACACCACUUUAUGUACCCGGAGAGUGCAGUAGACAUUGCCCAUGGGGUGCACCUUGUCCUGCUGCCCUUCAAACUCCGCGAUCUAGAGUGGGUGGCCAGUGCCCUGUCGACAGGAGAAAUUAAAAGGACAUACAUGAGGGUGAAAGAUAGAGUACGUGCUGAUAAGGACAAGGUAAUAGUGGUGAAUCCAGCCUUCUUUAAGUACACCCAUGACCAGUGGACGGAGCACCAUGGCAGAUACCCAUCCACGGGCAUGCUGGCCAUUGUAUUUGCCCUGCACAUUUGCGAUGAGGUUUCUGUAUUUGGCUAUGGUGCUGACCAACAAGGGAGCUGGCACCACUACUGGGAAGACAACAAGUAUGGUGGCGCAUUUCGAAGAACUGGGGUGCACAAUGCCGAUUUUGAGAUGGAAGUUAUCCAAAGAAUGGCCACAGAAGGAAUUAUUAAGCUGCACAGGAGAUGCACAGGAUGAAGUAAUUAUAGUGUUGGGCAGGGCUAUUUAACUUCUGUCCUGUCCUGGAGGGAUGAAGGACUUAUUUUUUAUGGUUCUACCUGAUAGUUUAAAUUUCACUCACUUAUAGGAGCUUUUCCACUGCAUGGUACCAGCUCAACUCUACUCGACUCACGUCUACUUGCUUUGGGAGUUUUUGCACUGCAUGGUACCAGCUCGACUCGGCUCAACAUGCUUCACCUUUUUUGCUUUUCCACUGGCCAAAAGUAAAUUUUUUAGUACCUGCUCUGUCGAGGUUUCCAAGCGAGCUGAGGCGAUACCAAAAGGUGACGUGAAAACACAGAAGACUUCUGAUUAGACAAGAGUGACUCAAAGCAUGCAACAAAGCAAAACCAUCUGUUCUGCUGUUAGCCGUCCAGUGUCAGAGAAUGGUUUUAUGAGACGAGAAUGGCGCGUCUUUGCAGGUCUUACCCAGUAGUCUUUGCGUUGAAAUGGGUUUCAGUGCUAGUGCAUAGGACCAGACUCCUAAUUUAUAAAUUCAUAUUUCCCCAAAACUCCUCUCGGAUUGAACCUAUGCACAGGUGUUGAAAUCAACUCGUUAUCCCCAUGAGAGAGACACCAUUUUUGUAACCUACAAAAUGAUCUUGUCUAUUUCCUCCUUUGGGUUUUUCUAUAGGCUAACUGGCAUACAUUGCACUGGUCAAAGUAGUAUUGUCAAGCCAAACAGAAGCAGCCUACCAAGUUUUCUAACCAUUCUUGCAGUCUGCAAUGUAUUAAGACCAAAGUUACUGCUCACGCGUGCUUCCUCGCCACUACCGGUAUAAACGCUGCCUUGUUUACAGUAGGAUACUCUUGACUCAGUCGCCAUGGUAUUAUAGCCAGCAAUUAAUAAGGCAAUUGUUUAUACCUUUUAAUCGAGGUGGAGGGAUUAUACACUUAAAUCUAACAGAACAUUCCAGUUGUCAUCUUUUAUACUGCAGGGCAAUAAUUCUAUUCAAAUACUUUUGGCUGUUUUUCAAACAGGGUCUGUGACCAUGUUAUCCAGAUUUAGUUUACUUUUGAUUUGCCACUUUACAUUCAAAGCUUGUCAAUUUAAAAGAAAACUGAUGGAGUUCAUUCAAUUGAUUGGAGUUUUCUGUUCACUGCCGGUUUAAAUAGUUGUACGAUAUCCUUCAUUGUUGUUCCCUUGUGUGUCGUGUUGGAGAUUUUCCUGUGAUGUCACUAUGGGCGGGUACCAGGUACUAUCUGCAGUGGAAAACAAACUGAGGCAAGUAGAGCCAAGUCAAUCUGGUACAAAGUGGUGGAAAAGGGAGUAGAGUCGAGGCAAGGUGAGUAGAGUUGAGCCAGUACCAUGCAGUGGAAAAGCGCCACUAAUUUCCCAGGUCUGAAUCAGUCCCUGAAUCAAAGGGCAGGAUGACAACAAGAAAUGUUUCGGCCCUCAGGGACCAGAGUUGAAUAGCCUUGGUGUAGGGUGAUGUGGUCAGAGACAGUAAAAGACAUGAAACCUGUGAUAAAGCCUACUGUCUGUAAGCAAUAUGUAGAACCAAAACCACAAAUGAGAACCUACAGACAAAAACAAGAACUUUAAUCAUGUACUUUGAGAAUACACGUUGACAGCAUAUCAAAUGGCAGAAAGGUUCUGUAAACCACCUUAAAGCUGCACAUUUUAGACGGAUCAUGAAAACAAACAAGGAAAGCAUGUGGAUCGUCUUAGCCUAAGACAGCUUAUUUAUUUCCUUCUCUGUUUUGUCAAUGACGUCAAGCUGCACUGAAAUAGCCUUAUACUGAAGGGUCCUUCAGGAAUCUUAGACCAAAAUAGCUUUAUACUGAAGGGUCCUUCAAGAACCUGAUAGCCUUAGAUUGAAUGGAUAAACCUUUGAUUUCUGAUUAUUUUAGCCAGUUAUAUUGCCUACUAUUAUUUUGCCCUGAAUUGUAUCUAAUAACAUGUUUUAAACUAUGAAAGCAUCACUCACUUUCAACCUAAUUGAAAUACAUGUUUUACAUAAGUGUGAACAAUAUGUGGUAUACAGUUAAAGUUACAGAAUAGCACAUUUCCAAUAACACUUCGGUGAGCUGCCUUUUGAGUCAAUUUAUUGGCAAGUUUUAACAAUCUGUAAGAACCUUUGUCAAGUGCCAGUCCCACUGAUACAUAAGAGUUUGUGUUGAAUUAAUAAAUAAAGCCAGAAAUAAUCAUCAAUGAGUUUAUGCAACUUUAAAAUCAUCAUAGGUACCACAGAAAAGUAUCCGACCUAUUGUAUAGCAGCCUUUCUCAAACCCAGGUCCGUGAACCAGCACGGUCAGUUGGGAUUUCAAACUGGUCCAAGCUUAUGAAAAACUAUAAUGUUUUUAGACUAUGAUAGUUUUAUUUAGAUAAACAAGGCUUGUUGCAAGGUUUGCUUCAUGAAGUUGUAAUCAUACUCCCCAAAAAACAUUGCAUAUUAGUCUGUCUUACCUGUCAGUAAAUAUUUUCAACAUAAGCUGUACAAAUUGCACUUGCUGGCAGUAGAAUAAUUUGUCAAAACUCCUGUUAGCUUGCAAGGUGUAACAAUCACUGUGAUCUGCUGCAUUGGAACAUAUUCAACAUCAUGUGUGCUGCCCAGUUUAUUCUCAAUCCUAUUCCCAUGCAUGUAACAUUAAGUUAAACUGUCUGCCUCAGCUACAUUGUUGGUAUGCUACUUCCCAAAUUCUUUCCAAAUUCAGUCUGUUUAGUCCAAGAAACACUCUGGCUAUGUGGAACACUGCUUCAUUUGAAUGUUUGUUCAAUAACACAAUUUGACAUAUUAAAUACGCUUUUCAUUUGAUAUGUCAAAUAACAAAAACAUAUUAUAAAAUGUGUGUCAUUAUAGAUGAGAUAGAUUGCAUCAACCUUUUUAAUUGUUUGGUCUGAAUUGGCCUAAAGUCACCAACUAAAAAGAUGUCCCACCUUUUGCUGGAAAUCAAUCUUGCAACCAUUGGACUGAAAGACGGUUGCGGAAAUGCCAUCCACCCUCCCCAACCAGAAUACCCUGGGAAAGACUGUCAAUCAUAGGCCUAAAAUGUUGUCUAAUGUAGUGUUUCUGAUACCCCAGAGUCUUAAAAGUAAAAAUGCUUGAUAGGCCAUUUUAAAACAGUUCAAUAGCCAAACUAUUAGAUUAGUAAAUAUAAUGAGGUGAGCCCAGAACAAUGCGUAUUUGAAAUGUGAAAGUUACAGUAAUUAGCACAAAAGAAUGGCUGCUAAAGAAAAAAAGGGAAAUUGGUUCUCAAUGGAAAACUUACAAAGAAAAUUCAGAAACCAUCAUUAUUUUAUAAGUAUGACAAAUAACUAACCAAUUUCCAGCUGAAAUACCAGGACUGAAACAACUUACAAGCAUAAUAUCUCAAACUGAUAUCACAUAAAUAGCAUUUCCAUUAGAACUUACCCUCACACCAGGAAGUUAUUAAUAUUUAAUGUUAUUGCAAGCAAAAGUGUUUAAACUUGGGGUGUGACAAUUAGAGGGGUGGCAGGGUCAAUAAUGUUAAAAUCAAAACAUUUCUCUUGUUGCUUAAGCACAUUGAUAUGUGAAUACAUUGCUGAAAGUCCUAGUGGCCUGUGCUUGGCCCGACAUUAAAGCAGCUUUGCGCAUGCUGGCAUAUAUGUUGUGGAAACAGAAAAGUCUGAGCCUUAAUUAAAUACAGGGAUACAUCUCUAAUGGAAAUACAUAAUUACAAAUGAGAAAAAAUUCACAUUCACAUCUGUACCACUGAAUAAUUCAACAGUUAGGUAGAAUUAUAUUUCACCCUUAGAUCAUGGUUGUGACCCCCAAAUAAAGAUCAAAUACCCAUACGCACACCAAAAUACAGAAAACGUAUAUUAUAGAACUUUCAUUGUAAUUUCACAAUAAACCAUGUGUAGGUUAGGUCUUGAUUACAUCAGUGUUGUAGACCUGUCUAUAUUUGAAUACAAUGAGACUUUGUUGCAAUAAAAGCUUUUAAAUUGAAAAUUCUUUAAAUAUGAAUCACUAUAGUGCUAAACUUCAGCUAUAGAUUUAAUCUGGGCUCAAGUGUUAGAAUCUUCCUGAACAUUUCCUGUCCCAAAUGUAUGUGUGAGUGAGAAGUUGUGUUGUUGAGUACAUAUUGUAUGUUUGUGUAUGUGUAUGAUAUUAAUUAUGAUCAACCUGUGGUAUCUUUUAAAAUGAGAGCAUGGUGACCAAACACCACAAUGCCUCCUUUUAGAAACAAGAGUGUAAACAAAUCACAUGCUGGGAUCAUUCAACGCUAAGAGAUUUAUCUGUAGGAUUGUUUGCUUGAGUGUGAAUUUACACACAGCCAUGACCAUGCGUACACCCAGCGCCAAGUGGUGGAAUAAGGGAACUGCUUGUGAAAUGUAGUGUAAUUAAUGCUGAAAAUACAUAUUUAAAUGUGUGAAAUUGUCAUUAAUAAUUACAUACUUAUUUGAU